AAACUGUAAAUCCACACAAGGCCUAAUUAAUUUGUAUUUAAUUUAUAAUCACAAUAAAUUAAUUUGUAUUUAAUUUAUAGACUGAGUUACAUCAGUCCACUUUCUUAAAUACUUGUAGCCGACUCCUCAAAACCAUAAACUAGGAGUUACUAAACCAACAAAAACUAAGGGAAACAACAAAGAAUCUUCCUUUAAGAAGGCUAUUAUAGUAAAACCACAAGCAAUUACCAAUAUUUUCCUUUACAUGUUCUUCAACUAUAAAUACAUCCAUCCUUUAAUCUCUUGUAACACCAACACUUCUCAAAACUUACCCAACACAAACCAAAAAUAGAAAUCAUUGUAGGAAUCACAAACAAAAAUGGGAGUAACACAUACUAAUAAUAGUAAUCAAAAUAUUACAACAAGUUUACCAGUAUGGAGAUGGAACUCUCCAACACCUUACCUAUUUAGUGCAGUAGUUUUACUUAUGGGAUGUAUUGCAGCUGCUUUGCUCAUGCUUGCUUGUUCCUACCGAAAGCACCUUCAUAGGGGCUCAAUUUCGACCUCCUAUGGCGACCGAAUCGGAUGGGAAAUGCCGGUUGUUCGGCCCAAAACCGAGCUCGAUUCGAAACCAAAAAUUGUCGUCAUUAUGGCAGGAGACGAUAAACCUACUUAUGUUGCUGCUCCUUCUCCAAAUCAAGCUCCUCCUUUUAACCAUAUUUGUACUUGUGGUUCUCAAGUAUAGGGUUUUUAAUGGGUAGAUUUAUAGAGUAUAUUGUUUAUGUCUCUUUGAAUUUACUAGGUAAUGCAAAUUCAAGUUAGAAUUUUUUUGAAUCUCACGUAUGGUUUUUUCUAGUAAAUUAACUUAGAUAUUCACUAAUUCUUUGAAUUUUCUAUGUUACACCCUAAAAGCUUUCACUUUUAUUAGCGUAAAGUAAUAUAGAUAUGCUUUUCCACUAUGUAACAAUGGUGGUUUUCUAAGAACCUUUUGCUACUAAAUCCAAUUAGCAUGACUUAGAUAACAAAGUUGGAUGACUAGCCCAACAUAAUUAGGUGGGUCACACCAACCGGAGU